AUGAGCUAUUUUGAUUCUUCAGCAAAUAAGUUGCUUCUUACUCAGAACAAGUACUCUGUUGAUCUGCUAAGAAAACAUGAUAUGUUGGGUUGUAAACCACGUAAAACUCCAGUGACUUCUGGUCCAAGAAUUUCUUCUUAUGAUGUAAACUAUGUCAGUCAGUUCAUGCGUUGUCCUACUGAUAUUCAUUUCCAACUUGCUAAACAUAUUCUCAUAUAUAUUAAAGGAUAUCUUGGUCAAGGUAUUACUCUAGGAGGUGGCAACUACUCUGAACUUAUAGCUUACUGUGAUAGUGACAUGGAUGGUUGUCUUGACACACGCAAAUCUACUUUAGGAUAUUGUGUUUUUGUGGGUGGAAAUCUUGUUUCUUGGUCAGCAAAGAAACAACACACCAUUUCUCGCUCCUCUACUGAAGCUGAAUACAAAAGUCUUGCAAAUGCAGCAGCUGAAAUUCUAUGGCUAUCUUACUUAUUUGAUGAGCUAUUUGUCAAAUUAUCUCUUCCCUGCAAGUUAUUCUGUGACAAUUUUGGUGCAUAA